AACUACAUAGGCGAUAUCAUCAACAGCAAUGGCGGGUGCUCUGGAAAAUUACGUGAAUACAGUCCAGAAUUUAUCAUCACAGGGGAACUUUGCCCAGUUAUGUGAGUUUAUCGGUAAAAGUGCAGACACACUAGCCAAGAAUGCCAGUCACCUGGACAAUGUGUUAGCUACUCUGGACAUUCAACAGCACUCCCUUGGAAUUCUGGGAAUCCUAUGUGUAAAGUACAACAUGCCAAACAUUCCUGAUUUUGAGACAUUAUUUGUACAAACUCAGGAAUUCAUCAACAGCUGUAAUGGAGAGCAUGUGCGCUAUGCUACCGACAGCUACUCGGAUCUUUGUCACAAGCUGACUGUAAAUUUAGUGGAACAAAAACAACCAUUGAGAGGAAUCGGUAUCCUCACCAAGUCCAUCAGUAAGAUCCAGUUGUCAGAGUCUCAGCUGACCUCCAUACACGCCGACUUGUGUCAGUUAUGUCUGCUUUCUAAGAACAUGAAGCCAGCUCUGCAGUUCCUUGAUGUCGACAUUACAGACAUCAGUAAAGAGGGAGGACAUUAUGAUGCCAAGGAUUUCUUGCUUUACUAUUACUACGGAGGGAUGAUCUACACCGCCCUCAACUACGACCGAGCUCUUUAUAUGUACGAGAUUGUCGUCACCACUCCUAGUAUGGCUGUUAGUCACAUCAUGUUGGAGGCCUAUAAAAAGUACAUCCUCACCGCACUUAUCUUACACGGAAAAGUACCCAAUGUUCCCAAAUACACAUCACCAGUUGUUGCAAGAUAUAUAAAACCAUUGUGCCAGUCUUACCAUGAUCUGGCGGCUAUUUAUGCCACGAACAACCCAGCAGACCUCCACACCACUGUCACCAAGCAUGUAGAGGUGUUUAUAAGGGACAACAACAUGGGCCUAGUAAAGCAGUGUAUCACGUCAAUGUUUAAGAAAAAUAUCCAACGACUUACAAAAACAUUUCUAACAUUAUCACUAACUGACAUGGCAAACAGAGUCCAACUAUCUGGACCCAAGGAGGCUGAGAAAUACGUCCUACACAUGAUUGAAGAUGGUGAAAUCUACGCUACUAUUAAUCAAAAAGAUGGCAUGGUACGCUUUCAUGACAACCCUGAACAGUACAAGAGUGCUGCUGUGUUAGCUCAGAUAGAUAAAGAGAUGCAGAAAUGUAUGCAAUUGGAUGAAAAAUUGAAGGAAAUGGACAGAGAAAUAGAGGUGAACCCACAAUAUGUACAAAAGAGUUCAGGAAUGCAUGAGGACGAAUUACCAGGGAGUUCUACCAAAGGUCAAGGUUACUAAAGGAUCCUAGAGGUCAAGGUUACAGACGGAGAUCAUCCUGAUAUUCAAAUAAACUGUAUUUAAUGUGCAACCUUGACACUAGAGGUCAAGGUUACUGAUGAUACCAAAGGUCAUGGUUACCAAGGAUAUCGAAGGUCAAGGUUACCAAUGAUACCCAAGGUCAUGGUUACUAAUGGACAGACUAUAUUUAAUGUAUGAAACAUGUUUGAUCAAAAGUGCUACAGAAGAAAAAUAAAUAAAAUCUUAUCAAGGCAAAA